AUGUUACAUCUAUCAUCUCUAGCUUCCUUUCUUCUCCUUAGCCUCUUUAUGUUCUCAACCAUUUCUCAUUCUCUCCAGGAACAACACCAGCUACCGCAACCAAACUUGUGCCAUGAAAAAUGUGGAGACCUUCAAAUCCCCUUCCCAUUUCACUUGAACAAAUCCUGUUCAUCACUCUCUGAUGUUUUCCAUCUCUCUUGCCUCAACUCAACCUCCCUUUUCCUCAACAUUGGCUCUGAAAGCUACCGCAUCCUCGAACUCUUCUCUGAUGGUUUGCUAGUGGAUUUUCCAGGCUCCUCUUCCUACUGCCGCCAGUACAAUGACUUGAACUUGUUUGACUUCUUGGGAAACGACCACUUUGGCCUCUCUGCUGACAAUGUCAUAGGCCUCUAUGAUUGUGAGGACUCUUCUCUGUGCAAAACUGAAUGUGAAACCAUUGACUUGCCUGGUUGUGAUGGCAAUGAAAGCCAUGGCUCUCCUGCUUGCUGCUACCCUCUUUCUGAUCACAGCUUGUGGCAUCUUGGUGACAAGUUCUCAGUGUUUUCCAAAUUUGGGUGCAGGGGCUUUUCAAGUUGGGUUGUUCAGAGAGGGUCCAACAUGGGAAAGAGAGGGGUAAAGUUGGAAUGGGCAGUGCCAAGAAACUCAUCCAAGGGGGUUUGUGCUACCAAUGGUUACAUAAUCAAUGCCACAUCAAUUCAAGCAGGGGUUAGAUGUGCUUGUCAAGAUGGGUUCAUUGGUGAUGGGUUUGCAACUGGGGAAGGAUGCAUCAUAUCCUGCAUCAAGGACAGAAAGGAAGCAUACGGCGUUGAUUGCUUCGAAAAAGGGCAUAGUAGCAAGAAACUUGUAGUUAUAGCAGGAGUUCUUGCUGCCCUCUUCAUCAUAGCCUCAUUGAUGGCACUUCUAUAUCUACUAAAAAGGCCUGUUAAACCGGGAACGUGUGAUCCAGCUCAGAAAGUUCAGUUUCACAGCAGCAUAUCAUUCCGAAAAGCUAGCAAGACUCAGCUAUUCACUUACCAUGAGCUAGAGGAAGCUACCAAAGCAUUUGACGAGGAUCAAAAGCUUGUAAGUGGAAAUAAUGGCACAAUCUAUGCUGGGGUUCUCGGGGAUGGAUCCCACAUUGCUGUGCACAAGGUAGAUUGUGAGAAUGAAAAAGACUUGAUUCAAGUCAUAUCACAAAUUGAGGCUUUGUCUGAUAUUUUACACCGGAAUAUAGCCCGGUUUCUUGGCUGCUGUAUUGACUUGGCCUACACUCCACUACUGGUGUAUGAAUAUCCUGCAAAAGGUACCCUCGAGGAUCAUUUACACCGAACAGGAGGACAACAUGUUGCUCUUGACUGGUACAAGAGGUUAAGCAUUGCUGCUGAAACAGCAAGUGUUCUUGCCUUUUUGCAGUACGAGAUGUCUCCUCCCAUUUUCCACUGUGAUCUCAAGUCCGGUUAUAUCUUCAUUGAUGAUGAAUUUUCUAGUAAACUCUCUGGUUUCGGACUACUGGUUACGAGUCAUGAAGAAAGCUCGGGUGUUCAAAGAACAGAUGUUUAUGCUUUAGGUGUGGUGCUUAUUGAGAUGAUUGCAGGCUCAAACUGCUUGGACUUGCCAAUAGCCCUGCAAAAGAUAAGAGGUGGCAAGCUAGAAGAGAUUGUGGAUCCACUUCUUUACUAUCAUGAACAACCUUCCUAUCGCCGUGAGCAAAUAGAAACAGUUGCAGACCUUGCAAUGAGGUGUUUGUUGUUUGGUGGAGAUGGAAAGCUAGGAAUAUAUGAUGUUGCCAAGGAAUUAGUACAUAUCAGAAGAGAGAGCAGUGGUGGAGGUAGCAAGAGAGGGCCUGCACUUGAGGAAACUUUUUCGAACUCCAGCCUCCUUCAGAUGAUAUCAAUGUCUCCAGAUUCAGCAUAUAUGCCUAAGCAUUGA